AUGGUUAUGAGAUUAGCUGAUGUUUUGGCUAGGCUUAUUGGUCCAUAUCAGGCUGGUUUUGUAAAGGGAAGAAACAUAAUAGAUAAUAUUCUCUUGGCACAAGAAUUGUGUCAGGGGAUGACUACUGUAAACAAGGAUGUUAUUUUGAAACUUGACAUGACUAAGGCAUAUGACAGGAUGUCCUGGAAAUGUGUCUUAGCUGUCUUGGAAAAGUUUGGUUUCUGUAGAGGGUGGGUGGAUUUGGUAGACAGGACAAUAAACAACAAUUGGUACUCAGUCAUUGUUAAUGGUAGGCAGUGUGGUUUUUUUCAUUCUAUAAGAGGCCUUAGGCAGGGUGAUCCUUUGUCCCCUAGCCUUCUCAUUCUAGCUACUGAAUUGUUGUCUUGUUUGUUGAGAUUGAAUGGGGCUGGGUUUACUCAGGCAAGGGGGGGCCCUGAAAUUAACCACUUAUCUUUUGCAGAUGAUAUGAUUGUCUUUACAACAGGGAAGGGGAGUGAGUUGAGGAAAAUAAUGAGGGCUUUAGAGAAAUAUGAGAGUGUAUCUGGUCAAUUGGUUAAUAAAAGUAAAAGUGGUUUUUUUAUGCAUAAGAAUGUUAGCAAUGAGGAAGUGGGGAGGGUGAGGGCAAUAACAAAAUAUCAGCAUAAGCUGUUUCCAUUUACAUACCUUGGAUGCCCUGUAUAUAGGGACAGAAAGAGGGUGGACUUGUUUUCAUCUUUGAUUGACAGGGUCACAACAAGAUGCAAAGGGUGGCAUACCAGACUCCUAUCUCAAGGGGGCAAAGCAGUGCUGAUCAGAACUGUGUUGCAGGCACUUCCAAUGCAUGUAUUCUCAGCUAUUAACCCUCCUAAGGCUGUGAUUAAGCAGCUGGAGAGGGCUUUUGCAAACUUUUUUUGGGGUGAGGUGGAUGGUAAGCAGAAGUACCAUUGGAGUUCCUGGGGCUCCUUGGCAAAGAGUAUUGAUAGAGGAGGGGUUGGUUUUACUAGUCUAAGGGAAAUGGUGGCUGCUGCUGGAACAAGAUUGUGGUGGCACUUCAAAACUGAGAAAUCACUAUGGGGGGAUUACUUAAGGGCAAAAUACUGCAGUAGGUCUAAUCCUGUCUGUAAAGCAUGGCGAUAUAGGGACUCCCAUGUAUGGAGGAGAAUGGUGGAGUCAAGGGAUAGAGUGGAGGGUGAAAUUCUGUGGAAAGUUGGGGAGGGUAGGGUGAACCUAUGGUGGGAUAAUUGGUCAGGUGAGGGAGCAAUGGCAAAGGUGCUGGGGAUUAAGGGGAAAACAAGGGCAAAGGUGAAUCUGUGUGAUUUUUACAGGAAUGGGAGGUGGGAGGUGGAGGAGUUGGAUGAUAGGCUGAGUGAGAGGGUGCUAAGAAUGACUCUGAGAGAGGGGGUGACUGACAAGGCACUUUGGAAACCUGAAUCAAGUGGUCAGUUUACAUUUGCAGCAGCCAAAGAGUUUGAAAGAAGAGAGGAAGGUAGUAGGGUUUGCUCUAAGCAUUGGAGCAGGAGGGUAUGGUUGAAACAUGUGCCCUGGAAAAUGGCUUUUAUGGCUUGGAGAGUUUUCAAAAGGAAGGCCCCUAUAGAUGAUGUGUUGGUUAGAUUUGGAUACCAAAUGGUCUCAAGGUGCAAUUGCUGUGUUGUUCCAACAUCUUGUACUCUGCAACAUGUGUUCUGCACAGGGGAGGUAGCAAAGGAAGUCUGGGGCUAUUUUGGGAGAUCUCUAGGGAUGAGUGUGCAGCCCAGGACUCUUGAACAGAUCUGUUAUCAUUGGUGGGGGAGAAAGGUAAAGAAUAGACUUGAGAAAUUCAUGAUUGAAAGGUUGCCCAUAGUAAUAAUCUGGGAGCUGUGGGUUGGCUUCACCCAAUGUAGAUAUGGAAAAGGAAAAAGCUCAGCUUCAAUAAUCAAAUUUAAAGUUGCAAAAGGAAUAGCUGAGUGCAUUACAUGA